AUGGGUCUGGCCAAGACUGUCUUCAUCCUCACCGCCAUCCUCCUCGUCGACCGUGUCGGCCGCCGUGGCCUAUACCUCUCCAGCCUCGCCGGCGUCAUUGUCUCGACGUGCCGUGGCCCAGUGGCGGCCAUCGCCUCGGUGUUCACGUUCGUGGCCUCCUUCUCCAUUGGCUUGGGGCCCAUCACAGGCGCCUACAGCUCCGAGGUCAUCCCGCUCCGGCUGCGCGCGCAGGGUGUCAGCGUCGGUGUGGCUUUCAACCGCGUCGCCAACGCAACUGUUGCCCUCACCUUCAUCUCCCUCUCCAAUGCCAUCACCAUGGGCGGCGCCUUCUUCCUCUUCGGAUUCUUGUCAGUCGGAGCGGCCACAUUCUUCUACUUCUUCUGCCCGGAAACCCAAGGCCGGCCGCUCGAGGAGAUCGAGGAAGUGUUCAGACAGGGGUGGCGCGAGCGACGACACAACCUACACGGUCCUUUUCAUGUAUUCAAGCACACAGAAAUGAGAUGA